AUGGCGCCAUUGCUUUGGCCCCCACUGCAGACACACUUCUGCACCCUCGUCUCGCAGCCCCUGCACCGGGAGGCUGAGCGUGUCACCCCGGCCAGCCGAGCCCCGAAAGAGCAACGCGGGGAUGUGCCCCGGGCCGGCCGCGCCGCCUCUCCGCGCCCGCGGAGCGCAGCGCAGCCCGGGCCGCCCCCGUCGGGCCGCUGCAGCCCCGUCGCUCCCCGGCGGCGGAGGGCCCGGUGCUGUUUCGAAAGGUGUCACGUUAAAAUAAUUAUCUGCAAAGCCGUCCCGACACUUUCGCGGGCUUGGAGGGCGCCUCGGGCACCGGGCACCGAUGCGGGGCCGCCCGGCGCUCGGACUGCGGGAGCAAAGCGGCAGCAGCGCAGCGUCCCGGGAUGCGCCCCGUUGCACCGGGGAUUCGCGGUCACUCACAGCGCGGGGCCGGCCAGCGUCGGCCCCGGCCGGGCCUCGGAAGGCGGCACGGCACAGCGGGGCAUUUGCGACCCCGAGAAGCAGCUCUCGCAGUGCCACGGGGCCGGGGAGCAUCGAGCAGCCGGUCCCCCAUCCGCCUGCCGCCUUGCGAGCCCCGACGGGCCGGGCGCCGCCGCCGCCGAAGGUUUCGCCUCGCACGGGUACCGGGCUCUGGGGCGAGUGCUGCCGGCCGCAUCUCCUCGCGACCCCGAUACCGGCAGCGACAUGCGUAGGGCUCGGCGCCGCGGCUCCCCUCUAGUGAGACGGAUCCUCACCGUGGCAGCGGGACUGGCGGAGCAGCUGCCCGCCUCAGCGGCGGCACCAGCAGCAGGGCGAGCGGGGGGCGAGGUGCGGCCCGGCCCCUCGCCGCCGGCACAGAGUGGCAGCGCCAAGUUUUGGUGCGCCUGCCCUUGCCCCAUUGGGGCUCUCCCCUCCACUCGGGAUCCCUCUCCGCCCGAGGGGCGGGCGCGGGCAGACGGGCCCGGCGAGGCAGCGCCGUCCUUACCUGUCGCCGAGCGCCCUGCAGCGCUCCGCUGCCGCCCGGCUCUCCGCAGGACUUUAUUCCCUCUCCCUGGUGUAUCCCCCGCUAUCCGCAAUCCUGAGGCUGUUUCCCCUCGCUCAGUCUCGCCUCCCGGCCGGCAGCAGCCGGGCAAAUCUCCGCAGCAGCAGGGGCAGGGGUGCGGGCGCUCCCUGUCCCGCGCUGCGGGAAAGCCGCGGUCAGGGGGCCGGGGCCGCCCGCACCGAAGACCCGUGUCUCAGUACCACCGGUUGCUCCACGCGCCGCAACCUGAUGCUCGAUUUCGUGUUUAUUUCCUGCCUCCCACGUGGAAAAUGCCCGCGCGGCUGCUGCUGACAGCCCCGCGACGCCCGGCGGAGCCGCUGCCACUGAGCGGCGGCGGGGGACGCGGUGCCGCGGGCUGGGCGGCCGCGGGCCCGUUUCUCCUAAAGUUUGUGACCCGCGUGAGGCGACAGCGCCCGCAGACGCGGGUUUGCUCCACCGUCCGAUGCUUUACGCGUGAAACAGGCGCACCCUGGGGCCCCGACACUGCUCUGCGGAAGCCUUCUCGCGUGGAAAACUUUACCGCAUGGGGCAUCGCAGAGCAGCCCCCGCCCACGCGGGGGGUGACUCUCCUAAAGUUUGUCACCCACCCCUCCCCACGCGGGGCGGCUGUCGUCCGCCCCUUGCCGGUGCGCGGCAGAGGUGAGCGGGGCGCCCCGUCGGGCCGCUUCUGCCGGCGCUCCCGCCCCGCGUCCGUCCGUCCGUCCGUCCGUCCGUCCCCGCCGCAGCGGCUGAGUGACCCGGCUCACUUUGCCAUGUGUUUGCACGGAGUUAAAGCGCAGGAGGGAGCGGUGCUGGGGGGGCGUGGGGCCUGCGCGGAUGGGGCGCGCAGGGCAGCGCUGGGGAAGGAAGGGGGGGCGCGGCCCGGGCUGGGGGGCGCCGAGAUCGCGUGGCCCGAGAGGAGCGGGCGGCCCGACGGGCUCCCGGGCCACAGCUCCGCGGCACCGGGGACGGAGCGGAGCCGCCUCGGGGCCCGCGGCUCUUUGCGGAGAGGGAGAAAGUUGCGCGGACCCCCGCGGUGGCUGCGCGGCGUCUGGCGGGGCCGGGGCAGGUGCGCGCCGGGCGGGCCGGCUGCGGAGGGGGAUGCGGAGGGGGAUGCGGGGGGUCCCGGUGCCGGGAGAGCCGGGGCGGACGGGUCAGCAGCGGGAAGCGGCGCGGGAGCAGCACCCGCGGGCCGUGCGGGGGGCGCGGGAGGCGCGGCCGAGGCGGGACGGAGCUCCCCGAGGGGCCAGCGCCGCGUCCGUGUGGUUGUGCCCCGGCCGCGGAAGAGCAGGUACGCGGGAUAUUAA